AUGUCUAGCGAAGAGUAUGACCACCUUUAUAAGAUAAUUUUAGUUGGAGACGCAACUGUGGGCAAAACCCACCUCCUGUCGAGGUACAUACGAGGCUCCUUGCCUAGCGUUGCAAAGGCGACAAUUGGCGUCGAAUUUGCCACCAGGACCAUUCCGUUGGCGAUAGGCGGGACGGUUAAGGCACAGAUAUGGGAUACCGCCGGACAAGAACGGUACAGAAGUAUUACAAGUGCCCACUACAGAAGAAGCGCAGGAGCCAUAUUGGUGUAUGACGUGACGAAGAAGAAGACCUUUCUUAGUAUUUCCAAGUGGCUAGAAGAAAUUCGACAAAAUGCCGACAAGGACAUUGUAAUUAUGUUGGUGGGGAAUAAGGUUGAUCUGGUGGAGCAUGAUGAGAUGAAGAGGAAGGUGACGUACGAACAAGGAGCAAGCUUCGCUAGGGAAAAUAACCUAUUCUUUGCAGAGGCUUCUGCUGUCUCCAAAUUGAACGUAAAACACGUAUUCGAAAAUUUGUUGCAAGAAAUAUAUAAUAACCGAAUGAAGAAUAACAGUUGCAGUUUGAGCACGCGAAGUAGUGCCACGUGCGAAAGUGCUAUCCAGUUAACCAGAGCCAGAAGUACAAUCAAGUUAAGUGAUUUAAAUGAAAAUGAGACUGAAGAUGAGCAUAGAGCUCGGAGCACCUGCUGUUAA